AUGCAUAGAAUGGCACUAGUCGGCCUACUUUUGAUUAUCUGUAUUGCUUCAUUUGGUAUAGAGUAUAACUUAGCAAGUUAUAAUCACAGUUGUGUAACAAUAUAUGAUGUGAUGCAUUAUGGUGCUGUUGGAGAUGGUCGUAAGGAUGACUCCCAAGCCUUCAUUAAAGCAUGGAAAGCAACUUGCGGAGCUAGUGGGGGAAGCCCUAUCCUGAAAAUACCCGAUGGCAAGACAUUCUUCUUGAAGCCUUUAGCCUUCGAGGGUCCUUGCAAAUCUUCACAUAUCCAAGUACAGAUCUCAGGGACUCUAAUGGCACCAGGGAAUAGAAAAGGAUGGUCAAAUUGCCAAAGCAAUGCAUGGCUUUACUUCUCCGGCGUGAACGGUCUCAGUGUCUACGGGAACGGACAGAUCAACGGUCAGGGAUCAUGCUGGUGGAAGGGACGAGGUUGUUAUCGACCAACGGCUCUAAGAUUUCACCAAUGUAAUAACCUUCGAUUGACCGGACUGAGCCAUAAAAAUAGCGCAAGAAACCAUAUCAGCAUUUCAGAUUGCAAAGGUGUGACCAUAUCUCGUAUCAGCAUAUCAGCACCAGAAAACAGCCCUAACACCGAUGGAAUUGACAUUUCAAUGUCCACCCAUGUUUCCAUUCGUGACUCUCGCAUUGGAACUGGAGAUGACUGUGUGGCUAUCAAUACAGGCUCCUCUAAUAUCAAUAUUACAGGGGUUUCGUGCGGACCAGGCCAUGGUAUAAGUGUUGGGAGCCUAGGAGCGCAUGGAUCUUAUUCUCAAGUAGAAUGGGUACGUGUACAAGGUUGUAGCUUCACUGGAACCAAGAAUGGAGGAAGGGUUAAGACAUGGCCGGGAGGUUCUGGUUAUGCUAGGCACAUCUAUUAUGAGAACAUUACUCUCAACAAUGUGAAAAACCCUAUCAUCAUUGACCAAGAUUAUUGCAAUGGCAAACAUAAUUGUCCGGACGAGGCAAAAGCAGUACAAGUGAGCGACGUGUAUUUCUCGAAUUGGCGCGGGACGUCGGCCGGAGAAGAGGCGAUAACGCUGGAUUGCAGCUCCCAUGCACCUUGCCGCAACAUCAUGAUUGAGGAUGUUGACAUAACCUCGUCAAAUGGUGGGUCGGAGGUCUACUCUAUCUGCAAGAAUGCUCAUGGAAGAUUUCUGCAGGCUACGCCUGCAGUCUCUUGCGCUUAAUUCUCGGCCAUCGAACUCACAAUCGCUUCUAUUUUUCUGCUCUUUAUAAUGCGUGUACUUGCGUACAACUGAUUAUAGAUAUUAUAAUAAGAUACUUGAUUUUUGAAA